UCACAGUUCACCCCUUACCUACUUAUAUAACUCAAAGACCACAUUCCAUACAAUCAUCAAAUAUCAGAACCAGCCGGCCAUGGAAUGGUACUCCUGGCUAUCUAAAACAAGCCUUGAGCCCUCACUUAUCUACGAGUAUGGCCUCACCUUCACUCGCAAUGAGCUUCAAGAGGAGGAUAUAGCUUCCUUCAACCAUGAACUGCUCCAGAGUAUGGGAAUCUCAGUGGCCAAACACAGGCUGGAGAUUCUCAAGCUAGCAAGGAAGGAGCUUGGAGGGAACCCACAUGCAUUUUCCAGGCUUCUCUGGGCAAUUAAGAAAACCAAGAGGCGUGUAACCAAGGGUAUCGGCAGGUGGGUAUCCCACAACGACACCUAUAGUGUGGCCUUGCCGGAGCCAAGACCUUAUCAACCUCAAUGGAGUGGAGCAUUGUCAAAGAAGCACAUGAAAUCAAUGGAGCCUAGGCAAGACACACUGAUGCUCACUAAUAGGAGCUUAAAAAUAUCCAAAACUUCAGAUGGAAGGGAGCAAGAGAGAAUGGUGUCCACAAAUAGGAGCCCAAAGGUGGCUGUGACAGUGGACGAAAGGGUAAAGGAGGGAUCAAUUGUCACCAAUAGGAGCCCAAAAGUAUCAAGUCCUCUGGAUGGAAGAAUACGAGAGAGGGCAAUGCUCACAAGUAAAAGUCCAAAGGCAUCUGGCCCGCUGAAUGGUAGGAUUUCAAGCCCAAAGGAUUACAAUGAGGGAGAGGCGGACAAUGAUGAUGCGUUUGAUUCAAUAUGGGCAACACUGUUUCAAGAUAUGAGGCCCAAUUGAGAUGUAUCCCCUGUGGCUUACUAAUGAUCCUUAUUAGGCAGACACUGAAGUUUCCAGGAGGUGUAAGCUUGGAAAUUUGAAAAUGUUAAAAGAUGAUUAGCAAGAUGGUUUGUAUGUUUAUUAACACUUUAGUUUUAUGUAUAUGAUAUAUUGUGAAGAUGGCCUAGUUUUGCAACUGAUAUAUCAUGAUGACGGCCUGGUUCAUUA